AUGAGAGUUAUUAUUCAAAGAGUAAAGAAUGCUAUAUUGAGAGUCAAAAAAGAGCCUAUUCAUGAAAAUGAAAAUAAAAAUGAAUUAGAAGUAUUUAGUAAAAUAAAUGAAGGAUUAAUUUGUUUUAUUGGAAUUCAUAGAGAUGAUACAUGGAAAGAUGCAUUAUAUAUAAUUAAAAAAUGUUUAAAUUUAAGAUUAUGGUCAAAUAAUGAUAAAAGUUGGGAUAAAAGUGUAAAAGAUUUAGACUAUGAAAUAUUGCUUGUUUCUCAAUUUACACUAUUUGCAAACACAAAGAAAGGAAGUAAACCCGAUUUUCAUUUAGCUAAAGAAUCUAAUGAAGCUUUAAUUUUUUUUAAUAAAAUAGUUGAAGAAUUUGUAAAGGAAUACAAACAAGAAAAAAUAAAAACUGGAAAAUUUGGAUGCCAUAUGAAUAUUGAAGUUACUAAUGAUGGACCUGUUACUAUUUUUAUUGAUAGUCAUGAUAUUAGUUUAAAUAAAUAA